AUGGCCAUGAAGGGCCUCAUCAUCUUCGCGGCCUGGACAGACCCUGUCACGAAUCAUACUCUCUCCUUUGCUGCCUAUUUGACCCAAAUGUAUUUGGGUUUUGGUGUUGUAGCUAAGGGCAUCCUCUUGGCUGUUAUGACCUAAGAUUGUUAUGUUGCUAUGUUUAGUUAUGCCCAGAUCAUGAGCUAGCAGGUCGGUGUGAAACUUGUGAGUAUUGCCUGGUUCUUUGGGCUGAUCAAUGGCAUACUGCUUGAUUAUAUGACAUUUCAUGGCCCAUUUUGUAGAGACAACUACAUAAAAAACUUUCUUGUGGAGAUCCCUCUGUUUAAUCUGAAGAUGAUCUUUGCCUAUGCCAUCAUGGUGCUGUUCAGCCCAGUGGCGCUCACUGAUUGGGCCCGAUUCCUGACCUCCAUCCUUGGCAGAGCCUCCUCCUUAGUUCAGGGGAAGACCUUCUUUACUUGCAGCUCCCAUCUAACUGUGGUCAUCUUUUUCUACACCCUGGCCAUGUUCUCUUACAUGAAACCCCACUGCACACACAACCUUGAUAAAGACAAGUUUUUCUCCCUCCUCUACACCAUCACGACCCCCAUGUGCAACCCCAUCAUCUACAAUUUUUGAAACAAGGAAAUGAAGGGGGCCAUGGUGAGGGCCUUUGGGAGGACCAGCCUGGCCCAGGCAGAGUCUGUCUAG